AUGAGCGGUGAUCCAUCUGUGAAGGACGGCAAAAAGCCAGCUGAAAAUGGACAAUCUUCAGGGGCCGGUUGUCAUACGACACUUCAACACCAGACAGCCGUCACUGCACUUGCGAACCUCCCAUUGAAGACCGUGGUCUCAGUCUUUCGGCAUCAGUGGCAUAAGGAUAAAGCCCGCAUAACCUUUGCGCAUGCUGGACAAUACAUGCGCGAGCAUGACCUACCAUCCGUAAGGACCGAGUGGCCAAACUUGGGCAAAUACCGACCUCGACACUGGAGGCAUCGCGAGAAGUUCGUCAAGCUAUACUUAGACGCUCUCGUCGCGUCUUCUAGGCUACCAAAGAAGGACCCAAUUACUCAGUCAAAGGCACAUAGCAUCCGGAAGCAUUUCUCUAGAGAGCUGCGGGUUAGCCUACCACAUGACCUUGCCAAAGUCUACUACGGGAAAAUACCUGCCUGCAUGGACGAUGCGAUCGAUCCCGGCGAGUUCAUAAACUUGGUCGAUCACUUUGGUGCAGAACGGCACCCCAUGAUCCUCGCUGUCCCGAUAUCCUUGCAUUUAUGGAGUAUCCAUCAAGACUAUCCAGAUCUCCUCCCGAAGAAUCCGGCGCCAUAGGACUGGACCAUGCCGGCGGAUGUCAUCGAAGCUAAUCAUUGGAAGUUUAGAGAAGACCUAUUCUGAAGGGUUGGUCAGAGGCAAGGGAUACAAGCAGGGUCGAUGAUGGCAAGGACAUCUCCUAGAACUAUUAUGUGUUACGCUAAAUGAACUAUUAAAUAGAAAUAGAAAGAAUAGGAUUAUUAAAAAGUCAUAAGUCUCUACCUAAGGGAUUUAUAUUAA